AUGCAAGGUUCUGAUUCAGAGAUUGACACUGAAUCGGAAUUUGUAAGCUCGCAGCAUUCUACAGUUACUACUACUGUUUCAGCAUUACCCAAGACGAAGUGUAAGCGGCUUAGUGAAGAGGCCACAACAACCUCAGUGACAACAAAAUGGGCCAAGCAAGUGUGGCACCUGCUUCCGAAGGAUCAAGGUUCUCCAAGUCAGCAGCAUCCGAAACAAUACGAGAAACAAGGAAAGUCUGGGGAGUUGCAGUAA